UGUAGCCUAGAUUUCUCUGGACAGGCGCUAUGGCAAAAACGUGUUAAAAUACGCGCUGCAAGACACACCAGCAUGCGGUCUCCAAGUCUUUCGCUCCUUUCCUGUUUGGGACAGUCAGAACUGUGUCUUCCUCGCUCUAGGCGUUGUUUCCCACGCGAGGACCAUCUCUCGUUCACUGGAAUUUUAUCUUACGGGAUUCAUUCAUCAGGCAAUCAUCUGAAAUUACAGGAAACCUAGAGUGUAAACUCGGGCUUUGGAAUACAAAUCGGUUACGAGCGUGUGACUGGAUACAAAAAGAAAACCUCCCGUUAUUUUCAGAGCUAUUUUGGGUCACCGUGCUGCUUUUAUUCCGAAGACAGAAGCGGAACAGCAGCCGGGAGUGUUGGAACCAUUGUGCAUCGGGCACCACAUUGCGCGCUUAAAUGGGUACUUUUGUCCAUGCCUUUUGUAUUUUAGGGUGCUGCCAAGACAUUACGAAUGGACUAACAACAAAGGAUGAUUGCAUUUUUUAAUGCGUCGGACAUGGAAGAGCCAUUGCUGGAAGAGCAGGUGGAUAGAUAGGUGCUACAUUAUCACACGAGAAGCCAACAAAGAAAUCACGGACAUAGUAAGAAGACUGAAGUAUUGCAGCAACUCCUUUCUUACCACAAUGUGAAACUUCCUCGGGAAUACAUUGGGCUCUAAUUGGAAUUCCUCAACAUUUCAUAUCUUUAUUUUUAGGCAAUUAUUAUUAGUCUUAGAGUGGUCCGUCUGUGGAUUGUUUUUCGUUUGUUUGAUUUUCAUUUUUGUGCGUAACCUGCUCGUUUUGAAAGCUAUUUUGACAAGAGUAGACUAGUUUUUUAACCAUUUUGAGUUUGAUUUUCAUCAAUCGCAAACAUGCCUGAAGCUCUCUCCUCCUCCCAAGCGCUGUACAUCGGAAUGGAGGUGGUAAUUGCCGUGUCCUCUGUCAUCGGAAACGUGAUGGUCGUUUGGGCUGUAAAAAUUAACAAGUCGUUAAGAGACACCACGUUCUGUUUCAUCGUCUCGCUGGCCCUGGCUGACAUUGCGGUCGGAGCUUUGGUCAUCCCGCUGGCCAUAACCAUUAGUAUCGGACUUCAAACUCACUUCUACAGCUGUCUCAUGGUGGCGUGCACAGUGCUGGUACUGACGCAAAGUUCCAUCCUUGCCCUCCUAGCGAUUGCUAUUGACCGCUAUCUCAGAGUCAAGAUCCCGACCAGCUACAAGCGGGUGGUGACCACGCGGCGUGCGGGCGUGGCGGUGGUGGCGUGCUGGGCGCUGGCCCUGCUGGUGGGCCUGACCCCCAUGCUGGGCUGGAACAACCUCAGCAACCUGCGGCGACGCAGCAACGGCACGGACAUGGGCCCGGACAUGGUGAUCACCUGCCAGUUCGAGAACGUGAUCAGCAUGCAGUACAUGGUCUACUUCAACUUCUUCGGCUGGGUGCUGCCGCCCCUGCUGCUCAUGCUGGCCAUAUACACCGAGAUCUUCUACAUGAUACACAAGCAGCUCAACAAGAAGGUGAGCACCAGCCACACGGACCCCAGCAAGUACUACGACAAGGAGCUGAAGCUGGCCAAGUCGCUGGCGCUGGUGCUCUUCCUCUUCGCCGUCAGCUGGCUACCGCUGCACAUCGUCAACUGCGUGACGCUCUUCUGCCCGGCGUGCCACAAGCCCAUGCCCGUCAUCUACGUGGCCAUCCUGCUCACGCACGGCAACUCGGCCGUCAACCCCAUCAUCUACGCCUUCCGCAUCAAGAAGUUCCGCACCGCCUUCCUGAAGAUCUGGAAGCAGUACCUCUGCUGCAAGGACACGCCGCCCCUCGACACGCAGCACAGCGAGAGAUUCAACCACCACGACGGCAACGGCAACGGCCACGGGGCGCCGGUGCCGCCAGGGCAGACGAAGACGCUGGCUGCCGCCUCACCGGCAACCCCGACGAAGCAGCCGAUUUCACCGCAGCAGACAGGGCCGGAGAAAGACCCGGCGGUGGGCCCGAAGAAUGACACGGAGAAAGGGCCCAACUCGACAGAGAACAAGCAGGUGUCGUCUGACUCGGAACAGCAGCCAGACAUGACAACUCGGAAUGGGCCAGGACUAGGGGAGCCACUUGAGCAGAAUAGCGUAUGAGGACUGGUAUGCGGAUGGACAUACAGCGGUUGGAUUAGUGCGAUGAACAAGAAUACAUAAAUAAAAAGCCCAUGUACAGUAAUAUGUAUAUAUUAGCCUAAAUUCAUACACACACAUACACACACACACACACACACAUGCACAAACAAACAUACACACACACACACACACACAGUGACCUGGGGUCCGUUUCUCGAUUCUUGUCGUUGCUAACCGUCUUAAGACCGUCUUACCAUUCCCUUGGAUUUAGUGGUAAGCGUCGCUGUCGAGAGAGACUUGAGUCGCUCUUACGAAGGACGUUGCUACGGUCGUUAGCAAAGACGCUUUCGAGAUACGGACCCCUGAUGUACAAUUACGGACAAAAACACAAACAUGCUUACUUACAUUUAUACACAUACACAUACACAAAGAAGAGAGAGUAGUCGUUUUGAAUGUACAUCAGAGGUUAUCAAAAUGCUGCUGACUGCAAUUCUUGGCGUUGCAUAUCAGGGUGUGGAGCUCCAGGGCACUAGAGAGGAGAAAAAGGAACUUGUGGAAACUUUUAGAACACUGGCACGGAAUAUUACCUGGCAGCUGAUUCUAGAACACUUCUGCACCUGUUCAUGGGCAGAUCUGAGGGUACGUCUUUCCUUUGAUGUCUUUGACAAAGAGCCACAAAUUGCCAUUGAUAUCACUGUAAACAUACUGUAUAUGUCUUUUACAAACUGGAUGAGUUACGGCUUCUCUCUGAUAGCCAACUACCCUGAAGGAUAUAUUAUGAACUUUGAGAUGCAGAGGGGAAGAAACAAGACAAAAGAAACUGGAAUUUUGUUGACCUUUUAAUGUGCAAUAUGCUAUUAUACAAGGUUUCUGAUAUCUACAUAAUGUGUCAUCGAAGGGAAUAUACUCUGAAAAAGAAAGAUCACUCCAGAAAAUGUGAAUGUAAACAUGAGUUUUUUUAAAUGCAAAAAAUGUGGUAUAUACAGUACAUUAAAAAAACAAAAACAUCAACAACAACAACUACGAUUCAAAAACUGCUCGUCCUACCUUCACAGCAGACUAGAUAUAGAUACUGUUGCCUAACGAUAUUGAAAAAAAGAGAAAAACACACACAUCCGUCUCAUAAAGAUUGGGUGCAGGACUUGCAAAAUCACAUGAAAACUGAAAGUAAACCAUGCUCUGUGGCACCAAGCUCCCGUUUCUCUUGUUUUCAUUUGACGUUUCUGAUGGCCGAAACAUCACAUUGAUAUAAGAGAAACGGGGUCCUACCAUGGCUGAUAUGGUAGGGCACACUAUUACCACUCGGCCGGCCCGGGUUCGAUUCCCGGUCCGGGUCAUUUGCCGGUCCUUCCCCAUCUCUCUCUCCCGGCUCACUUCCUGCCUCUAGUUUACUAUCCUGUCUCACAAAAAAUACUUUAGAAAAAUAAAAUAAGAGAAACGGGAGCUUGGUGUCGCGGACUUUACUUUCAGUUUCCAUGCCUAACGAUACUGACCCACAAUGCCAUGUGGACUGGACUGAACUGCAAGAGGUCGAGAAGGGGUCUCUCUCUCUGCUGACGAGUACGGUUACUAAUCCCCUCAUUGAGUUUUUGAGCCCUGUGAUGAUCCUCAGCUCCCAGUUUACACACAUCCAUCAUGGAAGAGGUGACACAGGGUGUGUGUGUGUGCGUGUGCAGCAUGUGUGUGCUUGACCAUGACCGUGAGUGUGCGCAAAGUACAUGUGUACGUGUGUGUUUACAAAGUGGAGGGGAGAACUUCUUUUUAAAUGAAAGCGCACAAAAAUAC